AUGACAAAAGUAUCGGAACGCUCCGCAAUGGACUGGUGGCACACCGCCAAUCUGAUCUUGGUGGUCUUCGGCGUGGGACUGGUGAACAGUCUUCUCGGGCCAUCUUUGAUCGACCUGGGCGAGAUCUAUGCCUCAGCCCCGAACGAGGUCGCCGUCAUGAAUUCAUAUAGAGCGCUUGGCCUAUUCAUCGGAUCAUGCGUCGGAGGCUUCCUCUAUGAGCGUAUCAAUGAUCAAAUCUUGAUGAUAGCUAUGGGUGUCAUCUACGGUGCGGGGACGGUCCUGAAUCCAGUCCUCCCGGACCUCAACUACUUCCACGUUCUGGGCUUCUCCGCCGGAGUUUCCAUCGGAAUAUGUCAUAUCGUCUAUCCAAUGAGACUCGAGAGCCUCAAGGACUGCGAAGGAAUGCUCCUUCUGAUCAAAAACGUCAUGGUAAAGGAAUACAUUAACCGCACGACCCUAAUGAGCACGAGUAAUACCGUCGUGAAAAAAAGUAGCGAUGAUACAGUUCAAGCUCAGAACGGCUCACGUCAAUGGUGGACCGACGAAGGCUCUCAAGUGCGUCUAGUCAAAAUCUGGGCCGAAGAUAGCGCUCCAGCCAUCCAAGCUAUUCACGCCUCUUACGGUGUUGGAGCAACGAUCGGGCCUUUCCUGGGAGCUCCAUUUUUGAGUUCGAGGGAGAACGGUCUCAUCGUGAGGGAAUCGGAAUUGCAUGUCCCAUACGCGGCUUCCGGAUUUCUCUAUCUUUUGAUCCUUGUUUCGAUGGUGGGGGCAUACUUCGCUGACCCCGUCGGCAUCCAGAAGGCCAAGGAAAACGAAAGGGCGGCGGAUGCCGAUUCGGACGGAACUUUUGAAACCCUCCUCAUGACGCUGCUAUUCUUCUACUUGACGAUCAGUGUGAAUAGCGAAUCAACAUUCAGCACCCUCAUAUCGGUUUACGCUUUUGCCAGCCCAUCCCUUCAGUUUUCAAAGGCCGAUGCAGCUUACUUGGCGGGGGUAUUCUGGACAACUUUCACGGGCGGCCGGAUCGUUUCAAUCUUCAUAGCGGCUUUCUUCGACGUGAAGCAACUUCUGCUGGUGUCCCACUCUCUCGUUUUGUGCGCAUCGGGUAUCCUCGUAGUCUUCGGUGGCUCUGCUGCGUGUACGUGGAUCGGAGUCGCCAUGAUGGGUUCCGGUGUGUCUUCAAUGUACGGCGCCGCAAAAGCUCUGGUUUUCAAUUACUUCCACCUGCGGCAUUUCCACAUAAGCGUGAUCCUUACGGGUGCGUGUUUGGGUAUCGCCAUCCCCGCCUACUUCGUGCCACCGGUCGUGGAGAGCUGGCCGAUGUUCCUCCCGUACUAUACUGGAUGUUGUAAUAUAACGCACCUGCUGAUUCUACUCUUGAUGUUCCGCGCCGUCAGAGGAAAGCAGACGAUACAUGCGAGGAAGGGGGAUCGGCACAGGGUAUCAAAAGAAAAUGUUGUCGUGUGA